CAAAAAACCUUUCAUAUUUUCCAUCUUUCGUCGACACUGUCUGCGUUUCCUCAUCUAAUAAUAUAUCUUCACAAGGUCGUCGUUGCCAAGUUCUUUGGCAUUCCUUCACACCCGAGAGAGGGAAUAUAUAUUUUUCAGAAAAAAGAUGUCGACUUUUCUUUAUUCUAUCGGGCCAAAUGUAGUAGUAUCUCCAUCCCCAGGCAGAACAAGAAUAAGAACUGUGAACCCAGUUUUUCAAAGAGCCAAUUUCAGCAAUUUCUCUACACAUAAACCCUUAUUUAGGGGCAGUCUUGGGUUGGCCCGAUUUGGUCUCGGCCAGUUUCCGUCUCCUGACCCAGAAAACGCCGAGCUGUUUUUUACAGAUUUGAUUGGUAGAGUUGAAGGGUUUCUUUACACUAUUGCUGACGCUACAGUUAGUUAUUCGGAUACAGUUGAUGCAGUUAGUACAAACAAGCAGAGUAGCGACUGGCUUUCUGGGAUUACCAAUGUCAUGGAAGUUGUACUGAAGGUUCUUAAAGAUGGACUUUCCACUCUGCACGUCCCUUAUGCGUAUGGUUUUGCCAUCAUUUUACUGACAGUUCUUGUUAAGGCUGCUACUUUUCCUUUGUCAAAGAAACAGGUGGAAUCGGCAAUGGCCAUGCAAUCUUUGGCACCUCAAAUAAAGGCUAUUCAGGAAAGAUAUGCUGGAAAUCAGGAGAAAAUACAACUCGAAACAGCUCGAUUGUACAAACUGGCUGGCAUAAAUCCACUUGCAGGAUGUCUUCCUACUCUUGCUACAAUCCCCAUAUGGAUUGGGCUCUACAGAGCUCUUUCAAAUGUAGCUGACGAGGGACUUCUAACUGAGGGGUUCUUUUGGAUACCCUCACUCUCUGGGCCCACGACUAUUGCUGCUCGGCAAACUGGUAGUGGUACUUCAUGGCUUUUCCCGUUCAUUAGCAAUGAUCCGAAUGUGAAGAGUUCCCAAGCCAUAACCAAUCUGCUACCAUUGAUGAUUGGCUAUUUUGCUUUGUCAGUUCCAUCUGGUUUAAGCCUUUACUGGUUCACAAACAACAUACUAAGUACAGUUCAACAGGUAUGGUUUCGGAAAUUGGGUGGCGCCAAAAAUCCACUCAUACAAUUCAGUGAUAAGAGUGUAAAAAACGAGCAACCGGAAGCCAUGAAAUCCAUAUCUGAAGCACCGGCUGCCACAAAGGUAGUCGAAAAAGAAGAGAAACUGACUAAAGUGGGGCUUCGUCCUGGUGAAAGGUUUAAACAACUAAAGGAACAAGAAGCUCAAAGGAAAAGGCAAAGAGAGGAAGAGAGAAUAACAAAUGGCGAAGUAAAUAAAGAUGACUCUCAACUAGAGAGAGAAGAUAGUCACCAUGCCACGUCCACUGGUCCUUAUUUCGGGAAUAAUGAUGAGCUUUCCUCUAGCGUUGAUGGAUUUGCUGUGAAUGGUAAUAGUGUCAACUCAUCAGUGAAGGAUGGAAAUCCUGAAAUUUCAGUUGAUUACAACAACGAAAGAAAUAAAUUGCAACUGGACAAAAAUUUAGAAAAGGGCUUUUUGCUUUUUCUUAGGAGGUUCAAUCCCUGCCAGUGUAAUGACCAUGACCAUCACUGCAUUGCUGCUGAAGAAGAAUCUUUUUCUUCACACAUUGGCAGUAAAUUGGACGUCUGA